AUGGAGAAAUACGCCUGCCGCGCUUUUCAUUUUAUAAAGUUCGUGGCGAGGUCAUUACAAAUGAUUAUCACAGUGGUACUUCUAACGCUGUCGGCAAUUUGGCAAUGCAUUUCGUGGUCUAACCCGUUGGGCGCUCUUCAGUGGAAUCUCAGUGUUCGACCACAAGUUAAUCUCAAACCACAAAUGGUCAAGAUUGCCAAUUCUCAAAUAUCGCUGGUUGCGAAGAGCCAUUCAGCACCGAACAUAUUGCCGCCGUCUUCAUGUUCCCAGAACAGCAAAGCCAUACGAUCAAAAUCCGAUGGAAGGCAGUUCGAAAUGGCUGGUAAAGUAGAUGUGGGCAUCGACGCACGCGUUAAAAAUAGAAUGUUGGAUCCAUUUCUGACGAUUUACGACACAUUCACAGACGCUAUAUCACUGGCUAGCGAAUUCGCAGCCAGCAUGCUCGGGCACGUUAAUUUUUAG